AUGUUUAGUAGUGAAGGGGAGAAAAUCAAACUGAGCCAGGUUUUUAAAAAAACAUUUCUCUAUUGUUUUAAAAUUAAGGAGCUUUAAAUUAUUCAAAAAAUAAAGAUUAGGUAUUGUAAAAGGUUUGUGUUAUAUUUGAUACUUAUAUUUGAUGGCAUUUCUUUAUUUAUGUAAAACAAUUAAGUAAAAUAAAUUGAAUUUUGGCCAGCUUUGUUUUGAGAUUGAAGGUUACAAAAGUUUUUCUUAUCAACUUUGAAAGUCAUUAAGACAAAUUGUUUGUCUCUAAACUAGGUCAUUUCUACCUCUGAAGCCAGAGGAGCUGUAGAAAAAUGGCUGCUGCAAGUGCAAGAUGUCAUGUUGAUGUCAGUGCGUGAUGUCAUUGAGAGAGCAGUUGAGGUAAGUAGAGAGGAUUAUUUUAAAUUUUGCCUCAUGUUUUGUGUUUUGACAUGUAACAUACAUAAUUAAACACACAUCAUAUACAUAAAUUACAAUGUCAUUUAUUUUAUAAUUGACAAAAAAGCAGAGAAUGUUUUUAUGUUUCAAAUUGUUUUGUUUUUUUCCCAAGGUGCACAAUAAUUUAAAUAGCUGUUAUUUUAUGAGUACAUUCCUCAUUCAUACCUGAAUAUAUUUUACUUGAAUGUUCCUCAUUCCCUACCAACAUAUGUUUUGCUGUAUUUACUAUAUGGCAGCCAAGAUUGAACCCCAAACCAGGACAGGUAUAUAUGUGCAGUUAAUGUAUAUGAUUACAGGCAUGUAGUUUCAGUGCUUCCCAAUUGUCAUAGACCAUGAUGCUCUGGUGUGCAUCGAACUAGUGAGAAGUCACUUCAAAAGAUGUGACACAUUUUUAAAAGUUAUGUUCACUAAGUCAACUUAAGUCAUCCUUUCUUUUUCUGUAUGUGACUUGCAUGUUACUGCAUAAAUCAGAAUUUUCGCAUCAUAUAACAUGGUGGAGAAAAUAUUGGGAAGCACUGUGUUAGGUUGAGAUUUUCUUUUAUUCAACAUGGACACAAAAAAUAGGCUGGUCAUUCAUCAGCUGUCACUUUUUCAUUAAAUUUUGUUGGUUGCAGUUGAGUUUUAUGGCACAGAAAUGAGAAAAUCCCCUGGCAAAAAAUGGUUAAAACCAAAGUAAUGAUUAGAGAUGGUUUCUUUGAUUAUUUCAUACCAUCACAGUUGUUCAUACCAUAUCAAUUGAUUGUGGUAUGUCCAUGAUUUUAUUUAGUCACACUUCAUCCAUGAUUUCAGCAUUAAUUAAUCAUAAAAAUAUCAUAAAAAUAUCUCAUUUUAAAUGAUUAAUUCAUAUAUCCACCAUCAUUUUAUUCAUUUUGUAUUUUUUUAUUUAUUGUACCUGUUGUAGCUAGGUAGUAUUUUUUUUUUAAAAUGUAGUCUAAUGUUCCUUGUUCAUAACUUUUGUUUGUAUGUUUAGUUGUUGAUAGAGUCAUGUGUUUUAGGUCACCAUUAAAUUUUUGUGAGGUAGAGAUGUUUAGUGGCGUAAUUUAAGGAAUACAUUUUUAAAACUGUCAAUUGCUAUAUUUUUUUACUAAUUUUUCCCAACUCAUCUAAUUCUAAGGUGGAUCCCUUUUCAUUUGAGGUAUUAUAAACUAAAACAUCUAUCCUGCUAUUUAACUAUGGAUCUGUGCACCAGGACUUAAAUGACAACAUGAGUUAUUGUCAAAGCUUUUCCAACAUCUUUUGACUUUAUUGAAUCCACUACUUUUUACUAAAGCAGUGAACUCCAAAAAGAACUGUUUAAAUGGUUUAAGGUUUGAUAUAUAAUGCUGGAUCAGAAAAUUAUGUGAAUAACUGUUUCACUCAUACAGGCAUAUCCCAUGACACCACGUACUGAGUGGGUCAAAGUGUGGCCAGGUCAAGUUGUCUUGUGCGUUUCCCAGGUGAGAAAUCAACAGUGA